UGCUGUUUGUCUGAGCCCCGGUGUGGGAAACGAGUGCAUUGCUCAGGUUCAGCUCACGAGCAUGUUUGCCCUGACUCCAGUCUUGGUAGCAGUUGUCUGCAUUUUCAUUGUGUGGAUGUAUAAAAAUGCUGAUAGAAGCGUCGAGCGAAGGAACGGGGAGCCGGGAGCCAGGUCCAAGGCUCGUCCCUGGGUGGAUGAAGACUUAAAGGACAGCACUGACCUCCACGACGUGGAACAAGAUGCUGAUGAGUGGCAAGAGUCAGAGGAAAAUGUUGAACACAUCCCAUUCUCCCACAGCCGGUAUCCUGAGAAGGAAAUGGUUAAGAGAUCCCAGGAAUUCUAUGAACUUCUCAAUAAGAGACGCUCUGUGAGAGUCAUAAGUAAUGAACAAGUCCCAAAGGAAGUCAUUGAUAAUGUCAUCAAAACAGCAGGAACAGCCCCAAGUGGGGCCCACACAGAGCCCUGGACCUUUGUGGUUGUGCAGGACCCGGAUAUGAAGCACAAGAUUCGGGAGAUCAUUGAGGAGGAGGAGGAAAUAAACUACAUGAAAAGGAUGGGGCAAAGAUGGGUUACAGACUUGAAGAAACUGAGGACUAGUUGGAUUAAAGAGUACUUGGACACGGCUCCUGUUUUGAUUCUCAUUUUCAAACAAGUAUAUGGCUUUGCUGCCAAGGGCCAAAGGAAGGUCCACUACUACAACGAAAUCAGCGUUUCCAUCGCUUGCGGCAUCCUCCUGGCUGCCCUGCAGAAUGCAGGGCUGGUGACUGUCACUACCACUCCUCUCAACUGUGGCCCCCGUCUGAGGGUGCUCCUGAGCCGCCCCAUAAACGAAAAGCUGCUGAUGCUGCUCCCCGUGGGGUACCCCGGCAAAGAGGCCACGGUGCCCGACCUCAAACGGAAACCCCUGGAUCAGAUCAUGGUGACUGUGUAGGCCAGAGACCAGGAGGGAGGUGCGGGCAGCUAAUGUGCCUGCUCUCCUCUCCCGUUCCUCUUGGGUGGGCCUCCGAGUGGCUCUUCCCUCUGGGUGUUAGGUCUUCCGGUGCUUGGCUUGGGGGGAAUGCGGUGGGGGGGCGCUCCA